AUGGACGAAAGCACGAUCUACAACGACUCGAAGCACAAUCUGUUGAGUUUCACAGGCCAAUCCUCGACCGGGGUGUCACCGUUGGAACAGGAAGUCUUGGACGAGUAUGAGAGGUUAUCGAGGAACAUGAAGGAGCUCUCAUCCACGCUCGCCGACCUCUCCAGCGGCCCCAUCACGCUCGAAAUCGCCGAGGGUCUGCGGUUGCUGGAACGCAAAGUCGCAAGCGUCUACACGCUGAUGAAGGCCAGUGUGUACAGCAUCGUGCUGCAACAGGGACAGGAGGUCGAGGCGGGAACCUCGACAGACCAAGGGGGAGAGACUGGCGAAUAA